CACAUGACGCUCAGAUGGCCUCACAUGACAGAUAAUCAACAACUACCAGCCGUGCCUGAAACACAAGUUAUAACCGGCAACAGAUUUCUCCCCAAACCCAGCCUGAUUGAUGCUCUCGACGCACAGAAGGAGAAGCGCUCUUACAGAUAGUCUUGUCAGUCAUGGCGGCCUCUGCUGAUGAAAAGCUGACAGGACUAGUUGCAGCCGUGUUUACUCCACUGACCACAGAAGGUGAAGUCAACCUCACACAGAUUGGACCUUAUGUUGACUACUUGAAAGAGAAGCAAGGCGUUAAAGGUAUAUUUGUGAAUGGCACCACUGGAGAGGGCGUGUCUCUUAGUGUUGAGGAGAGGAAGAUCCUGGCUGCAGAGUGGUGUCAGAAAGCCAAGGGGAAAAUCGAUCAUGUGAUUGUGCAUGUCGGCUGCAUGAGUCUUAAAGAUUCCCAAGAACUGGCUCGCCAUGCAGCACAGAUCGGGGCUGAUGCAAUAGCAGUCAUUUCCCCCUCCUUCUUCAAGCCCAGCUCUGCAGAUGUCUUGAGGUCGUACCUUAAGGAAGUGGCUUCAGUUGCCCCAACUCUGCCCUUCUAUUAUUAUCAUCUUCCAGCUCUCACUGGUGUUAAUGGUUAGUGCCAUUGCUGAUUGAUUUUGCGGCCACUUAACUGACGGCAUAUUGAAUCCGAAAUGG